UCCUCUCUGCCACUUCAACUUGUAUGUAGACUGACGUGGUCGCUGUGUCCAGCUGCCAAAGUGUGCAGUGUGCAGUGCAGAGGAGCCGUCGGGGCCCUCCCAUCGUUGUCCUCUUCUCUCAAGUGCGCCGGUCUAGGGAUUAGCGCUAGCCAACGGCCGGGGUUUCCUGAGAGGGAAAAUACCCCGACUACCCGGGGCUCUCCAGGUGAACCGAAAGCGUAGUGGGGUCGCUCUGUUAGUCUCGGAGCGACUUGAAAACAUACUCAGAUCGCUCUGUCUGCGCAUGGAGCGACUCGAUGACGGACAAAGGUCGCUCCGGCGCGAACCUCCGGCGAAUCUUGGCGAUACGUCGCCCAGGAGCAUGACGAACCUCGGCGACCCAUCGGCGCACCGAGCGCGACCCUCCGCGAACCGAUAGCGUACCGAAAGCAUACCAAAAGCAAACAAAUCUUUUUGCGUCGGGAUCACAAGGAGUUUUCUUGUAUUUACAAUAUGAGGACACACCAGCGACUUCAUACUGGAGAGAGGCCAUACCAGUGCCUUGUGUGCCACAAGGGGUUUAAGUAUUCUGGGAGUCUGAGGGACCAUGUGCGCCUGCACACGGGCGAGAAAACGUACGGGUGCACCUUGUGCCACAAGAAAUUCGCUGCUCCAGAAACUCUACGGCUUCAUCUACGGACCCACACUGGAGUAAAGCCCUAUCAGUGUCCUGUGUGCUACAGGGCGUUUGCUCAAUCCAGUCCUAUGGUGUCACAUCUGCGGAAACACGCGGAAGGGGCACUUUUUGGGUGCACCGUGUGCCAGAAGAAGUUUUCUGAAUCAGAUCUACGGAGACACAUGGAAAGCCACCCAGAAGAGAAGCCCUACAAAUGCUCCGUCUGUCACAUGGAGUUUCCAGUAGCCUGUCUUCUGUUGACACAUCUGCGAGCUCACAUAUAGGCGUAGACUCUCCUCGCGUUCAACUGGCUGCUAAAAUGUACAUUCUCCUUUUCUCGACGCUCAAAAAGUUUUUGCCGAAAAUAUUUGCAACUCUAUAGUACGCAGACUUCCUGUGUCCCUGGCCUAUGUUUCCAGUAAUUUAACGCUAAUAUAUGGCAUUCAUUUGAGGACGCCAAUAUUUUGGUAGACGCCAACCAGUUUACACUGAAGGUAAAAUAAAUAUCUACGGAUAAUCCUGCAUCCCCCUUGUUCGAUUACCCCUUUCCCGCAUUAAAUAGCGGAAUUUACCUCAUUGUAAAUUGUACAGUAUAUGUUGAUCGUUUGUUAAAAAUUGUUUCGGAUUUACUUUUCCAUUUUAGUUUUAGUUUGUUAAUUAAUUUUACAGUGCCCAAUUAAAUGUCAUAGCUUAGCACAUUUGCCUACUUCUCUUUGCUACCAACCACUGAAUUUUUUGAGUUGAAAUUUGAUUCUGGACAGUCCCUAACCGGAACUUUCGCCGCUCCAGCCGGGUCAGUGUCCAGGUGCACGGCGGGGGCCAUCCUCCGGGGCCCGACCGAAGCCGGGCGGCC